AUGCCUCCGAAGGGUGCAAAACCCACCAAUGAUGAGCUUUUGGCUCAGUUCGACCUCGAUAAUCUAGGCGUUGACCAGCCCAAAUCUGCCAAGCCUACAGCCCCCGCCGACAACGCCAAGUCACAGGAAGACGUCCUUGCUGAGCUCGACAACCUUUCUAUCCAGCGACCCAGCAGUGGUCCGGGUACGCCACGCCUAUCUGCAGAUAAGCCACGGUCAUCAACACGGUCGCCUCGCCCCAGCGCGACCAUCGAGCGGACCGAAGAGAAGGCCCCUCGUCAGUCAGAGGAGACCAGUCGUUCGUCUCACACGGGAUUGAAGCAGGAGCCGAAGGUAGACGAAAACACUGCACCGCAACCGCAACAUGAGAAGGAACAACCACAGCAGGAGCAGGGUGGUGGAUGGUGGGGAGGAAUUUUUGCAACGGCCAGCGCGGCUAUGAAGCAGGCUGAAGCUGCUGUGAAGGAAAUCCAAAACAACGAGGAAGCACAGCGCUGGGCCCAACAAGUAAAGGGCAAUGUUGGUGCUCUUCGCGACUUCGGUGGCGAGAUUCGCAACAUGGCUAUCCCGACCUUCACAAACCUCAUCCACACCCUCGCCCCUCCCAUCUCAUCGCAUGAACGUCUUCAGAUCCAUGUGACUCACGACUUUUCCGGAUACCCGGGCGUUGACCCACUUGUAUACGCCGUGUUCUCACGAGUCAUGGCCCAAGUCGAGGGUGGAGACCUUCUCGUCAUCCAGCGGGGCCAAGAGUCCGCCCCGAAGCGCAGUCUCGAUGUUGGUGGCUAUAUCUCCAGUGCUGGCUGGAACGACGGGCCUUGGUGGCGGACCGUGAUGCCUGGUAACCCACGCACCAUCAACGCCGUUCCUGGAACUAUCGAGGGGUCCAAGCUGGCGCGCGCCAGCGCCGAAGGCUAUGCGACGGAGUACUUCUCGACCCGGGGUGGCAUUGAGGGGGCAGCCAAGCAGGCCAGUGAGGUACUGAGCGAGUCAAACCCGGUCCGCAGCAGUGAUAUCUUCCUCGCUAUCCAGGCUAUUCGUCAGUCUGUGUCGGCGGACCUCUUCCAGGCUGGUGCUUCAGGGGAGAAGGAGACUGCCUCUGGUGCCGUCGAGCUUCCGGAAGCUGACGAGGAGAUCUCCUUCGCGCUAUAUCUCCAUGACCCUGUGCACGGCAUUGCUUUCCACACCAUCUCUCAGCCCAUUCCUGCCAAGUGGAUUGAGUGGCUUGAUGCGUCUGCACCGGCUGCCGAAAACCUCGAUGGUGAGGAUGCGCAGGUGGCGCACGCUGAAGUGCCCGAAGCUAUUGCCGAGAUCAUCGAGAGCGGUGGUGUCGACCCUCGCGAGUGGGUUGCGGAGUGGAUCGAGGAGACUCUUUCGCUGGCGGCUGGAGUCGUUGCGCAACGCUACGUGGCUCGCCGCAUGGGCGUUGGUGAGGGUGGCGUUGGAAAGGGCAAGAUGCGUGCGGAGCAGGCAUCCACUGUUGAGAGCGGCGCUGGUGAAGUUGCUCGUGCAAUCUAG